GAUUUAUUUAUUAUUAAAGAAAUAGGUGGGUUGUGUUGAUUUGAUUGGGCGAAGACGAAAAGCAAAUCAGCGAAGCAGUCCUCCAGUUUUCGUUAGAGACACUGUGUCCUGUUUUCUCUGAAUCUAACACAGACCCGAUUGCUACGAAUGGCAUCCAACAGGGGUCAAGGUGGAAUUCAACAGUUGCUGGCUGCUGAACAAGAAGCGCAAAGAAUUGUCAAUGCUGCAAAAAAUGAAAAAUUGGCUAGACUGAAGCAAGCCAAAGAAGAGGCUGAAAAGGAAAUUGCCGAGUAUAGGGCUCAGUUGGAGUACGAGUUUCAAAAGAAAGUGUCACAGAGUAGUGGAGAUUCUGGUGCUAAUGUGAAGAGACUUGAGCAAGAGACAGAAGAAAAGAUUCAUCACCUGAAAACUGAGGCUGAGAGGAUAUCAGGGGAUGUUGUCUCCAUGCUCCUCAAGCAUGUAACAAGUGUGAAGAAUUAGAGAAAUAUUGGUGCUGGGGAACUCUUAAGUUAUGCAGAACAGUAUAUCUCAUUUAUAUUGUGUUUAUUGUUGACUCUAGAUCCUGGCGCUGAUAGAUUCUUGCUUUUUUGUUGGCUAUAAUACGUGGUACCUUGCUGCCAUGUAUUAAAAAUAAUUUCUGAGUUUUUUAAAAUAAACAGUUAAGAAUUCAUAGGCAUGCCUAUAUGUAUCACCGUUUCAAUAGAGGUCUGAGGAUCACUUUGUCAGUGUAUAUUGAGUAAAGCCGGGACGAAUGGUUUAUUCUUUUGUAAACACCAUCUUAUUCUCCUACCAAAUCAUGGCUUUUGUAUGUUUAA